UCUGAAACACAUAUAUAAAUCAAGCCUCCAUAAAAUACAUAAUCUGAAUUAAUAAUUCCUUUAAACAUGAAUUAUUUUCGUACUUCAUAUUUUCGCAUAUCAACCCAAUAAAAUACUGAAAACGAUCUUCUUUUUUUCUCUUAAACUGCUUGGGAAAUAGCCUGCAUUUUUAGUGAGAAUUUUCCUUCAAAAAUAGAUCUUUUUUAGGAAAACUUAGACUCCCUUCUGUCAUCAGAUGAUCUCACAUUUCGCUAAGAAAUACUUCGUAGGCAAAUUAAUACUCUUAUAAACCGUAUUAACACUAAAUAAAUAACCAAUAAAGACGAUUUUUAGGAUAUAUUGUCAAUUUUCUACUCUUCAAUAUAACAAAAUCAUAUAAAAGGGGCUAAAACAGCCCUCGAACUUCUAGAAAACGACCUUACGCCUUCUUAAUUAUUUGUAUAAACCCCCCCUAAAUUAUUAUAAGCCUUCGAAAACAUACUCCACAGCUAAGAAAUUGACUAUGAUAUAAAACUCUCAAUUUAAACAAUUCUCUAAAAAUCAAAAUCUAAGCCUAAAAACGAUUAAAAUCUUAUAUAAUAAGUUCAGUAUACUCAAAAUAAUUUCAAUAUGCCAUAAUUUCGCUAAAGCUUUAUUUUUUAGUUAAAAGAAACUUAAAAUAUAGAAAGAAUUACAUUUAUUUUAGACUCUAUUUCUUCCAAAAAUGAUCUUUUUUUAAACGAACUUUCAUAAUUAGGUCUUAUUGAGGCUAUAUAGAAUGUAAUUGAUAAGUAUACUGAAGGUCAUUUAGGUAUAGAUACUUCUGAAAUGACUCAAUAUGUCGUUUUUCAUAAUAGAUUUUUAAAAUUUUUACUCAAAAGUGGAUAUUUAAAUAAUUUUAUUAACUUUAAAAGCCUAUAAAUAAUAGAAGAAGGCAUUAUGAAUGUAUUAAAUAAUAUAGUAAAUGGAGAUGAGAAGGAAAAUGGAGAAAAGGAACUGUUUUUAGUAUAAGUAUUGGAAAUUUAUGAAAAAAUUUUAGCAGAAGAAGAGUUUUUUAAUUUGAUU